AUGGAUGGAAAAGCGUAUAGCGAGAAAGUGAAGAAUCCCAGAGCGGGUGCCAACGUCUUCAGCAUCUUAACGUUCUCUUGGAUCCUACGCAUUUUCUGGGUGGGUUAUCGCCGAGAUCUUGAAGUAACUGAUUUGUACACACCGCUUAAAGAGCAUACAAGUGGUAUUCUUGGUGUUAAAAUAGCGAAGGCCUGGAAAGAAGAAUGCGAGGCGUACCAGUGUCGGCUGGAUCAGGUCGCGAAGAGCGGGUCGCAGAAGAAGGUCAAGGAGCCCAGCUUGAUGAGAGUCCUCAUCAGAUGUUUCGGCUUCCAGACUCUACUAUAUGGAAUUAUUAUGGCCGUUAUGGGGAUCCUACUCAGAGUGAUGCAACCGUUGUUGGUGGGCCAAAUGCUGCGCUACUUUAACACCAUAAACGUCGAUAAGUCCUAUGCGUACGGAUGUGCCGCUGGUGUCAUUUUGUGCUCCGCUCUCAACGUGUUUGUCAUACAUCCAUACAUGAUGGGUAUCCUACAUAUGGGUAUGAAGGUCCGCGUGGCCUGCUGCUCGCUGAUUUACCGUAAGACGUUGAGAAUGACUAGAACCGCAUUGGGUGAGACAACAAUUGGCCAGGCAGUUAAUUUGUUAUCCAAUGACGUCAAUAGAUUUGACGUCAGUAUCAUAUUUCUCCAUUAUCUGUGGCUCGGGCCCUUAGAAACCAUCAUUAUCACGUACAUCAUGUAUCAUGUAGUCGACGUUGGAGAAUCGUCUAUUAUCGGUGUCGCUUCUCUGUUGAUGUUCAUCCCUUUACAAGCAUGGCUAGGCAAGAAAUCGUCAGAGCUGAGAUUAAGAACCGCCAUUAGGACUGACGAGAGGGUACGAUUAACAAAUGAGAUUAUCAGUGGAAUUCAAGCGAUCAAGAUGUACACUUGGGAAAAUCCGUUCAGCGCGCUCAUAGAAAAAGCAAGGAAAAAGGAAGUUAAUGUCAUCCGAUGGGCGUCGUAUAUCAGAGGUGUCACCUUAUCGUUCAUCAUCUUUACAACGAGGAUGUCACUGUUCAUCACUGUGUUGGCUUACGUACUAUUCGGCUACAAGAUAACAGCCGAGAAAGUGUUUGUGAUAACCGCAUAUUACAAUAGUUUACGCACAACUAUGACUGUUUUCUUUCCGCAAGGGAUAACACAAGUAGCGGAAGCGAUGGUAUCCAUAAGACGAUUACAAAAAUUCUUAAUGUAUGACGAAUUAACACCUUCUAUAAUCGAAACGAAGAAGGACAAUAAAGAGAACAACACGAAAGAUGUAAAAGAGAAUAACAAAACUGCGAUGGAGAAUAAUCAAAACAAUGUGAAGGAAAAUCGAUGUGAAGAAAAGAUCGAGCAAAAGAACGACGAUACGAUGAUACGUCAGCCAAGCUAUAUUGAGCACAGCAUCUCCAUCGAGAACGGCAAUGCCAAGUGGCUUGAUUAUGAACGAGAAGACACCCUACAGAAUAUCAACAUAAAGGUGAAUCCCGGCGAACUUAUUGCUGUUGUCGGCCAGGUCGGCUCGGGCAAGAGCAGUCUAUUGAAUGUCAUCCUAAAAGAACUAAGUUUGCAAAAAGGUUCCAUUCAAAUAAACGGAAAAAUUGCCUAUGCCAGUCAAGAACCGUGGCUUUUCGCUGGUUCGGUGAGACAAAAUAUUUUAUUCGGAAGAAAGAUGGAUCAGAUUCGAUACGAUCGUGUAACCAAAGUGUGUCAGUUAAAAAGAGAUUUUAGCCUACUGCCUUAUGGUGAUAAGACGAUUGUAGGCGAGAGAGGUAUUAGUCUUUCCGGUGGCCAACGUGCAAGAAUAAAUUUGGCGAGAGCCGUUUACGCUGAUACCGAUAUAUACCUCAUGGAUGAUCCUUUGAGCGCCGUGGACGCUCAUGUGGGCAAACAUAUGUUUGAAGAAUGCAUCGACAAAUACCUACGAGGCAAGACUCGAAUUCUCGUCACUCAUCAAUUACAAUAUCUUCGCAACGUCGGUAGAAUUAUUGUUCUAAAGGAUGGAAUUAUUCAGGCUGAAGGCACUUACGACGAGUUGGGAUCUAUGGGAGUAGACUUCGGUCGGUUGUUGGAAAAUCAAACAAAAGCGGAUGAGAAAUCUUCUCACCCGCUUUCCACCUCGGCUUCCCUUAGCCGUAGUAAUUCUUGCACUGCCAGUAUCACGUCAUUAAGUUCUUUUAUGACAAAUGAUACUUCGAAACAAGAACCUGAUGAGGUGGCUGAGAUGCGAACAGUAGGCACUGUUUCUAGCGAAAUAUAUACGAGUUACUUACGUGCUGGUGGGAAUUGGUGUGUUAUAUUCUUAGUAGCUACGCUUUGCAUUUUAACACAAUUAGCGGCUAGCGGCGGUGACUUUUUUCUCGCGCAAUGGGUUAAUAUAGAGGAAAAUUAUAUGAACCAAACGGAUGAGGGUGUUGCGGAAGAUUUCACAAGUCCCCUUACUCGUAUGCAGUGCAUCUACAUAUUUAGCGGCCUGACUGUGCUCACAAUCUGCAUCACUCUGAUUCGCUCGUGGGCUUUCUUUUGGACGUGUAUGCGGGCUUCAAUGCGUUUACACGAUCAUAUGUUCCGCAGCAUUAGUCGCGCCACUAUGCGAUUUUUUAACACGAAUACAUCAGGACGUGUGCUUAAUCGUUUUUCGAAGGAUGUGGGAGCUGUUGACGAGAUGUUGCCAACUGCUCUUAUCGACUGCAUUCAGAUCGGAUUAGCACUGUUGGGCAUCAUCAUCGUGGUAGCUAUCGCGAAUGUGUGGUUGUUAAUACCCACAGUGUUAGUCGGCAUUAUCUUUUAUUAUCUGAGAAUUUUCUACCUGGCCACCAGUCGCAGCGUAAAGCGUCUCGAAGGCAUCACCCGCUCACCGGUUUUCGCUCAUCUGAGCGCGACUCUUCAAGGGUUGCCAACGAUCCGCGCGUUUGGAGCAGAAGCGAUCCUCACGAAAGAGUUUGAUAAUCACCAGGAUCUUCAUUCAUCUGCGUGGUACAUCUUCAUUGCUUCUUCGCGCGCUUUUGGAUUCUGGUUGGAUAUCUUUUGUGUGUUGUAUAUCAUGUUGGUCACGCUAAGCUUUCUCGUGCUCGACAACUACAGUCGAGGUUCAAUGGAUGGCGGAUAUGUAGGUCUAGCGAUCACACAAAGUAUCGGUCUGACUGGCAUGUUCCAAUGGGGCAUGCGACAGAGUGCCGAGUUGGAAAACCAGAUGACCUCGGUGGAGCGCAUCCUUGAAUACAGCAAAGUGGAUAGUGAGCCUCCUCUCGAGAGUGCCCCUGAUAAAAAACCCAAACCCGAAUGGCCGCAGAAAGGCAAGAUGGAGUUCAAGAACGUAUUCCUGCGCUACGCGCCGCUGGAGCCACCAGUGCUCAAAAACCUCAGCUUUGUUAUCUUUCCUCAGGAGAAAAUCGGUAUUGUCGGCAGGACCGGUGCUGGCAAGUCAUCUUUGAUUCAGGCACUCUUCCGUCUGGCUGAUGUGGAUGGUCUGAUUGAGAUCGACAAAAUCGACACGAGUCAGAUCGGUUUGCAUGAUCUCCGUUGCAAGAUCAGCAUUAUCCCACAAGAACCUUUCCUAUUCUCUGGCAGCCUAAGACGUAAUCUCGAUCCGUUCGAUUUGUAUCCAGACGAACCUCUUUGGCGGGCUCUUGAGGAAGUCGAAUUGAAAGAAAUAGGCUUGGAGGCCCACAUCAAUGAGGGCGGUUCUAAUCUCAGUGUUGGUCAGCGGCAGUUGGUCUGCCUGGCGCGUGCUAUUGUGAGAAACAACCCGAUACUCGUGCUAGACGAGGCGACCGCGAAUGUGGACCCGCGAACGGACGAGUUGAUUCAGACAACGAUCAGGAAAAAAUUCGAAAAGUGUACGGUGCUAACGAUUGCCCAUCGGCUCAAUACCGUUAUGGACAGUGAUCGCAUCUUAGUGAUGGAUGCUGGCAACGCGGUGGAAUUCGAUCAUCCCCAUGUCCUGUUGCAAAAGGAGUCGGGCUACUUGAAGAGCAUGGUACAGGAAACCGGCACAGCGAUGGCGGAAGCUCUGGCUGGUGUUGCUCGCAACUGCUAUCAAAGUCGCGGAUUUACGGUACUUUGAUGCAUUCGCGGUGUCAAAUAAUUGACAUCGUAAUAGGUCGCUACGAAGGUUCCGUCAAUUUUUGCGAGUAGUUCUUAGGCAAAAUUCUUAGGAUUUGAAAAGUUAGAAGAAAAGU